AUAUGUCCGUCAGCUCGAUAUCUUCACUUUUCAGCUGAUUUUUUUCGGCUUAAAGUUCAAGCUACAUAUGAAAAUGGACUUAAUUGUUCAGUUAAUUGUGUUUGUUUAAAUUAGGUUAGGUUAGGUCUUCGCUAAUAAGGGUCACCAUGACCAAAGAAAGGCCCGGAGGGCCUGAGACAAUCAAACCGAACUUUAAGCCGAGAAAAAAAAUCAGCUGAAAAGUGAAGAUAUCGAGCUGACGGACAUAUCUUGAGUCUUACCCAGAUAAACAACCUGAUCCAGAAACUGAAUCUCUUUCGGUUGUCACUUUGUAGUUAAAUUGUUGAUUAGAAAUUAAAAUUAAUUCUUCAAUUAAUUACCUAGUGAUUUUAUGUAAUUGGAAGUUGAUUGUUGAUUAACUGUUUCUAUGUUAUCAUUCAGAUGGAUUCAGUUGUUUACUCAGUCAACAGAUGAAGCUGAUGGUUAUUUCUGUUGACAUCAUUACUUUUACAUGUUGUCAAAAAUUCAGUUUCAGUAUUUGAGUGAUUAUCUUUUACUUUCUGUUUAAUUGUUGACCAAAUCUCAUCGGUUUAAUUGUUAAAUCAUAUUGUUCUAUUGAUCUUCUCAUCAUGGAUUUGGAUUAUCUAUCGUUGGUGAAGAAAAAUUUCAUAUCUAUUUAUGUUUAUUGUUCUCAUUCAUGUUUACACAAUCUUCCAAUCUAGUUGCAAUCGCUAUUCACCAGUAUUAACCAUAUAAAUAUAUCAUGAGCUUGUCCGAUAGUCAUCAUCAUUAUCGUAAACCCAUUUCCCGAAGGCGCUGUGAUCCUUGUGGUGUUUUGUGUUUUCUACUCACCUAUGGUAUUGUUUCAUAUUCGGACUAUGCUUUCAUUUACUGGGUCUCAUGGAAUCCGACACCUUCUUUUCUAAGCCUGGUCAAUGGUGCGAUUUAUCAGAUUUUGAUUGUUCUCUUGGUUUGUUCCCACCUUCGUGCGAGCUUUUCAGAUCCUGGUGUAGUAUUACGUCCACAACAUAAUCUAGACUUUUCUCAUGAAGCACUUCUGUCCGAUCGAGAAUCAUUUACAUCUGAAUUUAGUCGAUCAUCUAGUUCUAAUGAUAUUCGCUGGUCAGUUUGUAAUAAAUGUGAGACUUACAGGCCACCUCAAGCUCACCAUUGCUCAGUAUGUCAAAGAUGUAUUCGAAAGAUGGAUCAUCACUGUCCCUGGAUAAAUAAUUGCGUCGGCGAAUUGAAUCAACGAUAUUUUCUACAAUUCCUUUUAUAUGUCGCCAUCCUUUCAUUUUACACCAUAAUCUCCAUACUAUUUGAGGUCUCUACCAAUCGAAUCGUAAAUCAAACCAAAUCCCUUCACACUCUGAUAUUAUUGAUUGAAUCUCUUUUAUUUGGUAUCUUUGUUAUCGCUGUGAUGGCCGAUCAAAUGUCAACAAUAUUUAAUGGCCUAACCCCGAUCGACAAGCUAAGGUCAGUCUCAAACAAAUCAGGAUCUCCAAGUAAACCCAAAAAGGCUCGACUAAGGGAAGUCUGUGGCACUAAUUCAAUGCUUCUUUGGCUGAUUCCUUGCCGUGAUAAUAGUGAUAAAAGACAUCGACAAUUAGUUGUUUAGGUCCAAUUUUCGAGUUCAAUUCAUCCUCAAUCAUAAUCACCUCUCAAAUGGAUUCUCAAUGACCAUUACCUGCUCACACUGUUUACAGCCAAAGACUUAGAGUUUGCAACCACUUGUUAAAUCAUACACACAGUUAAAGAUAAUCAAUACCCUCUCAUUUAAACGAAGUGAUCUUUUUAAUUGGUCAUCUGAUUAGGAAUCAAACAUUAUCUUUAUCGGAUUAUCAUUAACUGUGCAAAUGAUUUAACAAGUGGUUGCAAACUCCAAGUCUUUGGGUUUAUAUGAGAUUCAAUUGUUAAAGGAAAAACAUUCCAAAUCAAAGUGAAUUUAGAUGAUUAAAUUAAUUUGAUUCAUGGAAAGUUUGACUUUGAGAACAAAAAAGUUGACAUCUCUCAGUUACUAUUUAAUUUUAUCUACAUUCAGUAUUGAUUUCAAUCGAAACAAUUAUGGUAAAAUCUUUCUAAUUAACUCGACAUUUAAGAUAAUUACUCUUUCAAUGUUACAGUGAUCAUUUCUCUAUCUUUCCAAUUGUUAUUUAUUGAUAAUCUAGUUACUUUUUGUUCAAAAACUAAUUGAAAAUUUCUUUCAACUUAAGAAAUUGAUUCAAACAUUUUAAUUUAUUUUAUUUAUUUCAACUGCUCUGUAACAGAGUUAAUCAAAUUGUCUAAAUCACAAGUGCAAUAUUGUAAAUAUUUUAUUCCAGAAAACAAAUUAACCAAGAAAAAUAAAACACAAACAAAUGGAAAGUCAAGUAAA